AUGCCGGUUGAUAUGACCGAAGAGGAGAAGGAAGAAGUGUAUGAAGAGUUUGUGGAAUAUGAUUUGAACAGAGAUGGCCUAAUCGAUGCAGAAGAAAUUAUAUCCGUUUUGAAGAAUAUGAAAAAACCAGACUUUAUAAAAUUUUUCACCAAAGUAGACUUAAACUCCUCAGGAACGAUUUCGUUCAGUGAAUAUAUGAUAUUUGUGAAUUCAAACUAA